AUGGGCAUAUUCAAGAAUAGCCGGGUCUAUGUGCUCGCCACAGUGGCAUAUACGGGUUCAUUCCUAUUCGGAUAUGACACAGGUGUGAUGGGAAGCGUGCUGGAACUUCCAAGUUUCAAGGCCGAUUUUGGACUCACAACUGGAGGUUCUGGUUUUUCGACUGCCAAUGCUGAAGUCUCAUCGAAUGUCGUUUCCCUUCUCACUGCCGGGUGUUUCUUUGGUGCUAUCUUCGGCGCUAUAGCCAACGAACGGUUUGGCCGUCGGUAUUCCAUCAUGGGAUUCCUGACAUUCUUCCUUAUCGGUGCUGCUGUCCAAACCGCCGCUACCGGCACGCUAGCCUAUAUGUAUGCCGGCCGGGUGAUUGCAGGUUUCGGAGUCGGAGGAAUGUCAGCUAUCACCCCAAUCUUCGUGUCUGAGAACUGCCCACCGGCCAUUCGUGGUCGUAUUGCUGGUCUCUUCCAGGAGUUCCUCGUCAUUGGUAUCACUGUCGCAUACUGGCUUUGCUAUGGCGUGGCAGAGACCCUCCCCGCCACAACCAGACAGUGGCGCAUCCCUAUUGCAUUCCAGCUUGUGCCCGGUGGUCUAAUGAUGAUUGGCAUGUUCUUUUUGACCGAAUCUCCUCGCUGGUUAGCGAAAGAAAAUCGUCUCGAGGAAGCCAUCGAAGCCCUUGCAUAUAUGCGCUCUGAGCCGGUCACAAGCCUUGUGGUCCAGACUGAGAUGGCGGAAAUCAAAGCGGCCGUCGAACACGAAGUCGAAUCAACACAGGGCCUCACUUGGCGAGAAGCAUUCCUACCUGGCAACCGUCUUCGCUUUAUCAACUGUUUCUUGAUUAUGUUCUGGCAGCAGUGGACGGGCACCAACAGCAUCGGGUACUAUGCCCCCCAGCUGUUCCAGACAAUUGGAGUCACCGGCGGUAACACGAGUUUGUUCACAACGGGUAUCUAUGGUAUUGUCAAGGUGAUAUCCACUGGAAUCUUCCUCAUCGUUGGUAUCGACAAGGUCGGUCGGCGGUGGUCUCUUAUUGCUGGCGCUAUUUGGAUGUGCACAAUGAUGUUUAUCCUGGGUGGUGUUCUGGUGACCUAUCCUCCGGAUCCUAGCGGUAACGGUACUCUUUCGUCUGCAUCGCUCGCCAUGAUUGUCAUGAUUUACCUCUACGUCAUUGGCUAUUCCGCAUCGUGGGGACCGAUUCCAUGGGUUUACAUUUCUGAAAUCUUCCCAACUCGCCUUCGUUCCUACGGUGUUGGUUGCGGAUCGGCAACUCAAUGGCUCUUCAACUUUGUGGUGACUUAUGUGACUCCCUCCGCAAUUGGCAACCUUGGCUGGCGAACCUUCAUCAUGUUUGGUUGCUUCUGCUUUAUCAUGGCUAUUUGGGUUUUCCUCGUCGUCAGGGAAACGAAGGGUCGCUCUCUUGAGGAGAUGGAUGUUCUCUUUGAGAAGUUCCAUGCCCUUGGCCGUUUGCCUGAUAUUGAAAUUGCACAGGAAAGAAAGCUUUCAUUUGAUGGUGCUGCUACCUCGGUUCAUAAUGAAGUACAGGGUGUUGAGAAAGAGGAUUAUGUGAAGACAUAA